UAAAGGUAGCGCUAAUCUGGCUGAGAUUAGUUGCUGGCAGUUUGUAGGCAAGCACAGGGUGGCAGGUGGGUCGUAGAUGUGUAGAGGUGAAAGAAGAAGAAAAAGCUUAUUGGAGAGAAAACUUUAGAGCGUUCACACCACCUGAGCAGGUGAGGAAGUGAAGGUAGCCAUUAUACAGCACACCCCAUCAGGAUGUCAUCCAGAGAGAAUGGAAAAUGAUAACUUUGUCUCCUCAGACAUAAAUAUGUCACUGUAACUGCUGGUGACAUCAAUAUAAAUGAGUCAUCUUGAUGACAUAUGGAGAAAAUGAGAAAGAUGCAAUCUUCAGAUACAGCGCGGAACAGGAGGCCCUCCACACAGUAGAGUGAGUGAGCAUUAAACAUUGGUGUCAUUGAGAUAUUUCCCACCUGGGAGGGACUUGACUCAGCAAGGUUCAACUGACAUCGAAAACACAGGCAGCGGAACAAUAUUCAGUGCCAAAUAUGGCCAAGAACGGCCCAAAAGAGGGCACCACUGGUGACAUGAAUACGGAAAUGUCUGUGCCAUCCAAUCACCUGGAGUUAUUUGUUAAAGCAGGACGCGAUGGAGAAAGUUAUGGCGCUUGCCCAUUUUGCCAUCGCAUGUUCAUGAUUCUGUUACUGAAAGCCAAUGCUGGAGAACUAACAUUCACAGUCACAACUGUCAAUAUGUCCAAGCCACCACCAGAUUUCAAAAAGUUAUCCAGUCGCUUGCCGGUUGUGGUGCAUGGCAACGAGGUACUCUGCGACAGUGACGACAUCGUGCAGUACAUAGAUGACAACUUUCCGAAUCCUGACCUGCGGUUCAAUAACCAAAAAGCUGCGGAAGCCUCGCUGGGGUGCUUCUCAAAGUUUUCCUUCUAUAUCAAAGAGGUGUCGCUUUCACCAACACAUUUAAUUUCAGAACUGAUGAAAAUGGACUCGUACUUAGCUGGGGCAAAGACCGAGUUUCUCUGCUGCAAUGAGUUGUCCCAUUUGGAUUGUUUAAUGCUACCUAAGCUGCACCACAUCAGGGUGGUGUCCAAAGUUUUCAAAAAUUUCGAGUUCCCGCAUGAGUUUGUACACCUCUGGCGGUACCUAGCCAACGCGUACAGGUGCGAGGUGUUCCGUAAAACAUGUCCGCCAGACCAGGAGAUUAUUUACCAUUGGGCGAGCAAGCCAGAAUUGCCGAGACUUUCCAAAGAUGCCAGUAUUAUGUAUGGGCCAGAAACUGUUCCAAGGUACACAUUUGAUGUACCUAUUAAACAGAUCAAUGGUCAUUGGUGAGCAGUCCUGUUUUUUUUUUUUUUUUUUUUUUUUUUUUUAAUCCAAUUCAGAUAUCCGAUUUUUUCUUGGCAGCUUUCCAACUUGAUUCAUUUGGCCUCCAAACACAUGGUUUUCAGCCCACCAAGCCAUUUCUUACUACGUACUUAUUUUCUUACAACUUAAAAUCUGGUUGAGACAAGGAUGAUACGGACACUUUGGAGAAAGUCAACUAUUUUAAUUUUACACAAUUAUCAUUUUGUAUUUUGUAUUCCUAUAUAUAAAAUGUAUGUUCCAAUCUGUUCUUGAAGAUCUGCCUGUAUUUAUAAUUAUACUCAACUACAGCAAAUUACACACACUUCUAUGCACAUUUUUCAGAAUUUAAGAUUUUGUUUCAUGCUGUGAUCUCAGAAUACAUUAUAAGUAAGAGUAUCAGGUAUCUGUGGGACAGAUGUAUAGUAAUGUAUUGGGAAGAAUUAUAUGAUACAUAUAUGUAAAUGUUCCUAUGUGAGACAAUCAGUCAUAUAUUUAGGGGGAUUUCAUUUCAGAGAUUUUACUGUUUUUUUGGAGCAUCAUUGAUAUAGGAAAGGGUUUAUCCUUCUAAAAGGGUAUAUUUUUUGUGUGGGGAUCCAAACUGGGGCUUUUACUGAU